AUGGCUAAUUCGAUGCUCGCAUGCCUCUCCCAGGACCAACCCUUUCCUCUCCCCAAAGUCCUCACCCACUGGUCUUCCGCCCCCGCCACCCUCAUUACCCAAGGCGCCGAAGGGCGCCUCUACAAAACCACCCACCUCCUUCCUUCGCGGCCCUGCGCGCUCAAGUAUCGCCCACCUAAACCUUACCGACACCCCAUUCUCGAUGCGCGCCUCACCAAAGCUCGGCUAGCAUCCGAAGCUAAGGUGCUUGAGCGGUGCCGUCGCGAGGGAGUCCCGGUCCCUGCGGUCUAUGCGAUAGAUGCGGCAGCAGGGUGGAUGAUGAUAGAGUGGAUUGAGGGCAUUCCAGUACGGGUUGGGAUCAAUACUUGGUUGGGGGAACGGGUAGACACCGAGGAGAAUGAAGAAGGGGAACAACCGGCCGAACGAGGAGAUAAUGACAAUGCGGCAGCGCCGCUGGUGGACCUGAUGAAACGGAUAGGAGCCACCAUUGGGGCGUUACACAAGACUGGCAUUGUCCACGGGGAUUUGACCACAAGCAACAUGAUGCUUAAGCCUGCCUCGCCGGUGGAGGAGAUACAACCCAACGGACACCCCGAGACGGAGAACAAAGCAAAAGCUCUCCAAGGAGACGUCAUCCUCAUCGACUUUGGCCUGGCCACGCAGAGCCAGUCAGACGAAGACCGCGCCGUCGAUUUGUACGUUCUAGAACGUGCCUUCGCAAGCACUCACCCGCGCGCGGAGAAGCUCUUCGAUGCUGUGCUGCAGGCGUACAAGGAGACUUUUACAAAGGCCAGCUCAGUGCUGGUUAGGCUAGAAGAUGUUAGGAUGCGCGGACGCAAAAGGAGUAUGCUGGGCUAG